AUGGGCUUGCCAAGCUAGCGAACGACAUUACGCAGACUGGCUAAACAAGUUUAAAUUAUUGUUAAAGUAGACAAAGUUGCUUUAAACUCAGUUCGGAAAUAAAUCCGGUUUUGAGAAAGCGACCGGGUAUGCUAAUACUACUGUUGUACAAUCGGAGUGAGCGUAAAUAGCGUAUUUGCCACAGUAACGCAGUAACGUUAGCCUCAUGUGAGCUAGCGAGCCAUGGCCGGACUCGCUGUUCGGUUGUUGUGAACUUAACGCCGUGUCUAAAAAGCUUCUUCUGUGAGAGGAAACGAGAGGAAAAACAGAAAAAAGGAAACAGAGGAAAUCCCCCGAAAGGAAAUGCCAAUCGCAGCCGCUGGACAGCCAACGACUCGGGAGCCCAGAGUUUGCCCCCGGCUGCCCUCCACCCCGGAGCCUGUCCCUAAAGGGGCUGAUUUAUUCGACGAGGCGGGGGCGGCGGAGUCGGCGGAGCGGACAGAGUACGGGGGCGCAGAGGGGGGCAGAGGACUCGGGGGCUAUAGUUACAGCCAGAGCGGCGCUAGGGGCUUUGUACAGCCCGGAUCCACCAACAGCUCUCCGCCGCAGUCCCCAGCCGCGUCCUCCUCUUUUCUCUUCCACCCCCUUCACGCCCACCAAAUGGCCAUGGAGCCCCCAAGGACUCGAUCGCGUUCUCGGUCUGGAUAUUACCAGCAGUACGGUGGUGGGAAUGCCAAUGGGAUUACAGGUAGUGGAGUCAUGGGAUCUAACCAUCACCAUCACCACCACCACCAUCAGCAGCAGCAACAGCAACUGCAUCCACAGCAGCAACACGGUGUCGGCUGCGCUCCGCUUGGAGCUCACAGCAACCACCCGGACAACCAGCAACGAGCCCCGGGAAGUAACACCUCGCCCGGCAUUCAGAGGCUGUCUUCGGUUCCAGGAGCGCAGCGCAUCCCGACGGCAGGGGCCUCCGGCGGGUCCUACCACUGCCACCCAGACCAUGCAUAUGGAGAGGAGAGUGAUAAGAGCGAGGAAAGCCCCAGUCCAAAGCGCCAGAGGCUGUCCAGUCAGUCUGUCUUGGAACAGCUAACCUCAUCCGCCCCCCCACCAUCCACUCCUUCUCCCCCCAUCCGGCCCUGGGAGUCAGGACCCCCAAGUCGGAGACAACCUCACCCCCACACACACUACCACCAGGAGAGAUGCCUCACUCCUGCUCGGCACAGACGCAGCCCGCCAGCGAGGCGUCAACGUGGCCGUCUCUCCAGACCCACCCGUCACUUGCCUCCCCAUCACCACCCAUCCACCCAAGGCCCCGCACCUCGCCUCUCACCAUCGGAGCUCCAGGAUGAAAACUACCACCACAACCACCAACCCUCCACACACCAGACGUACCCAACACAUACCCCCAGCGCCUACGGUCAGCCCCCCACAGCUGGAGGGGGGGUGGCAGGUACGGAGGAGCCCCGAGCUUUCCACCCCCCCACCUUGUCCCCACGGUUACUGCACCCGGCCGCUCACCACCACCACCAUCACCAUCAUCAUCAGCAACAACAUCAUGCAACGCAACAGCAACAAGGAGCCAUGGUCAUGGACUUGCAUGAACAGCUCCAGCAGGGCAGUGUACCAGUCUCCUACACAGUGACCCCAGUCCCUCCUCACGGCCUCGCAGCGCCUUUGUGCAGCGGUCAGCAUCUCCCCCCUACCUGUUCUUCACAACAACAGGUCCCCGCCUGCAGUGUUGUCUUCAGCACUGGACAACACUACCACCCGAUGCUACAAGCAUGUUCAAUGCAACAUUUGCCGGUGCCCUAUGCCUUUCCCUCGCUGCUGUCCAGUGACCCUCAGUUCCUGCUUCCCCCUCCACCCCACCUCUCUCAUCACCCGCCCCACCUCCCCACACCCGGACAGUUCCUGCCUUUCCAGACGCAACAGCCACGAUCGCCUUUACAGAGGAUCGAAAAUGAGGUUGAGCUUCUAGGAGAGCAGCUUUCGGUGGGUGGAGGCUUCGGCUACGCCCACCAUCACCACCACCACCAUCACCACCAGCCUCCCUCCACACUCCCGCCCUCCACACCACUCCAGUUCCUCUCGCACCAUGACCCCUUGUCACAGGAGCUCUUUACAGUGCCCUAUCCCCACUUUAUGCCUCGCCGAUUCGCAGGCCGGCGUUACCGCUCUCAGCAGGCUGUACCCCCACCGUACCACCCCAGCUUCCUGCCUUACUUCUUGUCGAUGCUUCCCGUCCCCCCAAAUGUGGCCCCCACUAUCAGUCUAGAGCUGGAUGUGGAUGACGGAGAGGUGGAGAACUAUGAGGCCCUGUUGAACCUCGCCGAGCGUCUCGGAGAGGCAAAGCCCCGUGGUCUAACUAAGGCAGAUAUAGAGCAGCUCCCGUCAUACAGGUUCAACCCCAACAACCACCAAUCUGAGCAAACACUGUGUGUGGUGUGUAUGUGUGACUUUGAGUCUCGCCAGCUCCUAAGGGUCUUGCCCUGUAAUCACGAGUUCCACGCCAAGUGUGUAGACAAGUGGCUUAAGGCUAACCGGACCUGUCCUAUCUGUCGAGCCGAUGCCUCUGAGGUCCAGCGGGAUUCUGAGUGACCUCUUCCUCAUACGAACACCCACAAUCCCUGACUCCCUUUUGGAUGCACCAACGAUACAGUGAACUUCUCUCCUUUUAUCAUAUGCCUCCACUCACACAUUCUGCCACAUAACUGGGACCAGUGCUCCUUAACCCUUCACUCUUUAUCCUCCAAGACACAGUAAUUCUCACCUGGGAUCUGCAUUUAGGGGUGUGGAGACUUUCUACUGAUUGUGCUCACUAUAUUGCUGGACUUCCUAGGCCUUCUAACAUGGACUAUUUACGCCCCCGACUACUCUGCCUUCUGCUCAUGGUUCCUCCUUACAAUGAAUGGCCUUUGAAAUACAUACACGCAUUGGACAUACUGUAUGUACAUGUAUUUUUUUUUUAAUUUCAAGCCCUUUCAAACUGAUGUGACCCUGAUGAACAUAAAAACUACUUUGAAAAGCUUCUGUAUUGUUGUACUAGCUAACCCUGAGGGAUAAUUGGCAGUCCAACGAUUGUGAUAAUUUCAUUGUUUUUAUUGUCUUUGCUUGCAGAGACUAUCCUUUUCUCUAGACUCAUUAUAAUUGAAAGAAUCGGUCCAUUUUAAUUUCUGUAUGUGUAUUCUAGCAUUCCUCAUCAUGAGAGCAGUGUGUAUGGGGUGAAACAAAGAUUUUGUACACUAGGUGUUAAAGAGUGAGCAAGAGUGAGUGAAAAAUACACUUUAUUUUCUCUAUACGUGUGUCUGUGUGCAAGUGUGUUUAUGCGCCUGUGUGUGUGUGUGUGUGUGUGUGUGUGAGAUACUCCUCCUGUGGUAUUUAUACAGUUAAUUUGUUACAUUGCAUUGACCUCCUCAAUCCUCAAUUUAGCUAUUUCUCUACUUCAGAUUGAUUUACACUCACUAGAGGUUGAGGGCAUCUUCAGACGGGGUUACAUACCAAUAGCUGAGAUCGUUCUUGUAUCAAAAUGAAAAAUCUAAGUUUUGGACCAGGUUCACCUCUAAGGAAGUUGGCAGUGCUCUUGUGUCAUUAUUCUUUUUUUUCUAAGUCACACCUCCAUAACUUGUACAACUUUGACUCCAUCAGUCCAUGUCUGUGCAUCUACAUUGUUCUUGUCUCAACGUGUAAAGGCUGGAAGCUUUUGAAAGACAUCCACAUCCCCCUUUUUUAUGUGAUACAGUAUUUCCUAACCUAAAGAAAACAGAUCAGGACUGUUUAUCUCUGCCUAGACAUAUCCACUAAGCUCUCCCCCAAGGCACAUUAUGUGAAUACAGUUGGAUCUUUCAUAGACGGUUAGGUGGAUCCAAAACAUUUAUUAAAAAAAAAUUACCAAAACUUUCAGUCUUGCACAGUGUACUAGCUUUCUUAUGGGACUACGUCCUUUGAAAACAUGUUUCUAUAUCUGUCUCUGUACCUAAGCUGCUUUUUCAGAUCUGUGUUGGCAGAUAUAGAGGCAAUGUUUUCUCCAUCAUUGACAGGGAACAAGUUUGAAGAGACUUGUAAGGUCACUCCUAAAUCUGUGUUUCACCAGACACUUUGAUAUGUCAGUGCUUUAAUAUUUAGAUUUAAGACCUACAUGCCCUCUUGUCAUUCUGAACAAACCACUGAUCGGUUUUCCAGAGUCAUGUGUGUAUGAGAACAAAUAUUUGAAUGCAACACAUGAACGUAUAUGUUCUCCACAUCAACUUUAAGUACCUACAGUAUCCAAUAUGUCCCUUUAUAUUUUCACUGCACACCUGUUUAUUUCCAGAGGUUUUGGGACUCUGUUACUUAAUAAUAGUUCAUCUCUGUAAGGCCUAUGUCAACAUGUCAGAAGUUCAAAGAUGUUCACCUCAAGCACAGGACAGGCUUUCUAAUGUAAUUUAUCACUAUUUAUCACAUUUGGUAUUAUGUGUGAAGAUGGCAACCUGACAUAGGCCUUAUAGAGACUGCAUAAACAAAAGUGUGUUGUGGAAAGUUCAUCCAGGCACCUGCAGUGUCUUAUGUGAGAUGCCUUUUUAUAAAAGUUCAUUUUCUCCAGGUACAACUUGUAUCUACUCAGUGUCACCACACCAGACUAAUACCGUUCAUUAGUGUCCAGAAAGAACAUCAUUUUAUAAAACUCAUCUUCAGUGUUGUUGGUGUAUAAAGUCAUGUAAUAUCUAUGGUAACGGAGGGAAAUUGUUUUCUGUCAUCUUUUUUCUUUGGGGUCAAAGGUCAUAAUUGUGACUGUAUGCAUCCAUUUUGUGUCUUAGGAUUGUUUUGUGUUGGACAGUUUUCUGUUGCUUGGUACACUAGCAAUUACCUCAGUCCCACUAUUUAUGUCUUUUCAGAAAAUGGCGCAAUUAGUGCUUAUCAAUUCAUUUUGCUAAUCUUUUCCAUGCAAGUUGUUGGGUUGUUUAAAUAUUUUUCCUUUUAAACUCUAUGAAACUCUAUCAUUAAAAUGGUGUCAUAGUAGUUUCAUUAUGUAUUAUAUCUGUAACCAAAAUCAUUUGAAGGCCUGUUAUGAUGAUAAUGAAAUUUUUAACAAACA